AUGGCCUUGAAACAUACGCUUAGGCCCAAGGAGGGUACCUGCUAUUUCGAGGAUUCCCAAUCUCAGCACUUAUUUACAGCCUGUCCACCUUCCCCGCCGCCUACUCUUCGAGUUCUCACAAAUUAUAGUGACAAUCGUGCUUCAGUUCAUGAUGGAUCAUCUGGUGACCCCAAUAGACAGGAGGUAGUGCCCUUGCCCCAGUUAUACCAAGGUUCUCAAUUUGAUGGAUCUAGAUGUCCAUGUUGUGAUGAGAUCUGUUCAUCUGUAUGGUCCACCAUUUCAUUACUAUUUUUUGUGUUUGAAACAAAUCUUGAUGUUAGGCACAAGACCAAUGCUACAAUCCUACCUGAUAAGAAUCAAGCUCAACCACCUUCCCUGCUGCCUACUGUUGACAGCAGCAGAGAUGAUCUGGACAACUCUGCUUCAGUUCAUGAUGGUUCAUGUGGAGCUCACGGAGACAUUCACACCAGGCAGGGGAGCGUGUUUAUGACCGCCAAUGCUGUCAGAACAGAUUAUCUCUCCCUGGAGGAAGAACGCAGAAAAUCUCCAAGAGAUAGCCAGCAGUUGCGGUCCAACGGGCCUUCCUCCGAACCUCAGGCUGCCCAAACUACGGAGGGGACGCAAGUUGCUCCGGGCACCUCCAUGGUAAGAAACAGGGGUUCUCUGUUGACGAUGGAGAAAGGCGAUCGGAAGGCCAGAGAGGAAACAAGUUCGCUUGAUUGCCGCGUCUGCUUCCGCCCCUUAAAGCCUCCUGUCUUCCAGUGCAACGGCGGGCAUUUAGCUUGUGGCACAUGCCUUGCCGAGCUCCCUGGCGGACAGUGCCCGAUGUGCAAGCAUGGCGGCGGAGGCUUUGUCCCCUGCCUUGCAAUGGACGGCAUCGUCUCGUUGGCAACGAUAAAGUGCUCCCACGAUGGCUGCCAGAGCUACGUCACCUACCAUGAGCAUGACGAUCACCAUAGUGCGUGCCCACACGCACCCUGCUUCUGCACGGAGCCCGGCUGCAGCUUCGCCGGCCCGCCACCGGCGCUCCUCGGCCACCUUGCCACCCUGCAUUCCUGGCCUGUGCACAAGAUUGAGUACGGCAAGGUUCUCUGGCUUCAGGUUCCGGUGUCAGUGCCGCGGCGUCUGCUCCUCGCGGAGGACGGCGGCGUGUUCCUUCUUGUUGUGGGCUUGCUCAAUGCGAUCGCUGUUGUGUCAGUGGUGUGCAUCAGGGCCAGCACGUCCCCGUCGCUGCAGUACCCAGCCAUGAUGUGGGCAUAUGGUCCGCCGGACGUUGCAGGCGUCAGAUGUAUGGUGGGCACGGAGGCGGUGACGAGCAGCUCCAAGCCCAGCGAUGUCGUCGUGGAGAAGCUGCCAUUCGUGUUGCUUGUGCCGCCUACGCAUGUGUUUGGGGCUGGGGCAUCCAAGGAGUUGUCUCUUGAGAUCCGAAUUAACAAGAUGUGAUUCUGAACUUAGUUUAGUAGGAAUUAGUUGGAACCGGAGUAGUAUGUGAUUGGUAAGUAACGCUGCCUUUUGGUUGCAAUGCCACGUGGUGGUUUCCGCGGCAAUUAGGAUGUGUUGUUGCAGCUAGUGUUUUGGUAACCGUGAUCCAAUGCUUCCAUACAAUGCGGCCAUUCCUGUGAAUGUAGCAACAAGAUGGUUUUCAAUGAAUGGAAGUGCGCAUUGUUUAACAUACAAGAGAGGCUAGUUAAUUCA